AUGCAGAAUACUGCUGACAGACCGGACUUGGGAGUGCUGACGCGGCUGCUGGCGGACAGAAAUGCAUCGAAGGAGCAGUACGAGCGCAAACUGGCACAACUAACCACACUUCUGGAUUCGCUGCUUACAAUGCAGCAGCGGGUAGGGGACGCGGGCGGUGCGAUGGCGCUGGAUGGCAAUGCGCUGGAGCAGAUGCUGGCGGAGCCUCUGGAAGUGAUCGAAAAGGACGGGCAGCAGUACGCGCUGGUUCCGCUCUGUGGUGCAGGAGCGGGCGCAGCGGAACCGCCGAAACAGCGGCGGAAGCGGACGCAGCUCACGUGCUCGUACUGUCACGAGGUCGGCCAUACGCGCGCCCGCUGCGAGCGGCGCUUGUUGGGCCGCGACGCCGAUUAG